AUGGCAGAACAAUUGAAUGAACUGUUUAAUGAUGCAGUGGCUCACUUCAAGCAGGCAACGAUUGGUCAAUGCAAUACUAAGCAACCAUCAUUCUUUGACUUUGUUGGAAAGGCCAAGUGGGGUAGUUGGUCAUCUCUUGGUGAUCUGAGCAAGGAGCAGUCGAUGAAGAACUAUAUAGCUAGGUUGGAUACAUUGGCACCAAAGUGGAGAGAGAGUAAACAGCAGCAGCGACAGCAACAAGAGAACACAUCGACUACUUCAACAUCUGAAUCUUCGACUACAACAACAUCAACAACAUCAACAAAACCACAAGAUAGUGUAUUUGAGGAUGAUUCAGAAGAAGAUGCAAAGCCUUCAAAGGGCAUGGGUCCAGUUAUGAGCAGAUUCUCAAUGAUUGGUCAGGAGGACAUUGAUAAUGCAACAUCAAGUGACCCGAAACAUGACUUGAUAUACUGGGUAUCAUGCGACGAUGAAGAAAAGGUUAAGGAGAUACUUGGACAACAAGGACUAGCGAUAAACGAACGUGAAGAGAAUGGAAAGACAGCAUUGAUGUGGAGUUGCGAUAGAGGUCAUGUGGAAAUCACUAAGCUACUGCUAUCUGUGUCUGGCGUCGAUGUCAAUUGUCAAGACAACAUUGGAAUGACUGCACUGCACUACGCAUCACUCUGUGCCUUUGGAGAUAUUGUCACACUGUUGCUACAACACCAAGGUAUCGACUGUACACUACUGGAAAACGAUGGAAAGACUGCUCUGCAACUUGUCGAUCCUUCAGAGACAGAUGUAAUCGCCCUGUUUAACAAUCGAUAA